CUUUAUAGGAUAGAAACAGGCUAGGUAUCAAACGUGACCUGCCCGCACGUUGCUUUGGGCUUGCUCGUUCCGCACUCGCUCUAUAUCCUCGGGCGAUCUUUUUGGGCCCUAAAUAGUCAUGGCUGGCUCGGCGCGCAACCUGGGGGGCCUGCUGCGCCGGACGCUAGCCGGUGAGGCAGGCAAUGCCAUCACGCAGGCGGGGUCUCGUGGCUUCGCGGCCGAGGCCAAGCAGUUCACUCCUGACGGCAAGUACAUGCCGGGCAUUUUCAGUAAGGCCAAGCCGCUUGACCGCUCCACCCAGUGGGUGCACAAGAACCCCUACAUUGAGGCCUGGUACUACCGCCGCGACCACUUUGAGAACGAGUUCGUUUGGAACUACCGCACCACCAUCGAGGCGUUGUGGUUCCUGGGCGGCUUCACCGCGGCCGCGUACGCGCUAUCGGUGUUCGCCUUUCGCCAGGCGGACCGCCGCAGCGGCUACCCCAAGCGCCAAAUCCUGGGUGACGAGCCCGCGAUGGUGCUGCCUGACGAGCGCCAGUUCUACUAAGCGGCCGGCAACAGCAGCCGGCUAGCUGGCGGGGAGCGGAAGGGACGGAGCUGGCAGGGGGAGGGAAGGCGCAGCAGCAGCAGGAGCAGACGUGUAGAGCAGCGGAAAGUCGCAGCCUGUGCAGUGGCGGGGACGGAGGCGGCGGCCGCUGGUUGCGGCGGCCGAGCGCUGUGGAGUGCGACGGAGCACGCCGGCCAUUGCCCUAGCCGUGCGCGAAUGUAAGGGCCGGGGCCGCAGCUGCACGUGGCAGUGCCAUACAGUUGAGCGGGUGAGGCAUGCUGCCGUCAAGCGGGCUGGAGCGCUUGAGGCGGAGCCUGCAGGCGCGGCGCACCCAGCCGCAGCCCGCACAUGCGAGCGUGGCACACGGCCAAGCCGCAGUUGCAUGGAUAGCGGGCGCCGCUGUGUCGCUGCGCGCGAGAGCCUUCGUUCGGCGCGGCCGCGUGGUCUGGCGACUGGCGUUGUCGGGUGUCCAGGUGUGGGCCCGGAGUCGGGCGUGCGGGCGCAGCUGCCAUGCAACCGCGGAGUGACACAUGGUGGCUGCUGGGAAGCCGCUGGGCGGCCGUGGACAGGCGCUGUUACUGGGCGGAAGCGACGAGGGGGCCUUCAUCCCAAUGCCGUUAGGGAGCUAUGCUGCAUGUGGGUUGUAGGGUGUGGGCUGCUGGGCGGCCGUCACACAGAGCUUAUCGCGGUUUGUUUCUGACAUUAGGGACAAAGUUCCAAGGCUUAUGUGUAGGCUUAGUAGUCUCGUGUGAUAAGCGUUGUGCGGGGAGCAGUAGGAGCGGCCUGGAGGGCUGGUUCAAUGCAGCUGGAGUAAAAAAACGCAGGCCGCCAACGCAUUACUGCACGCAUGUGAUUAGAGGCGUGUGUGUAUGUGUGUCAAAGACUCAUCAAGAGGGCCGAAUGCCGCAAACUGCAUGUAAUGUGAAGACAUC